AUGGAGGAAACGUACCUGCUGAAUGUGGAAGGGGUCAAAAAGAAGAUCCUGCACGGAGGCCAAGGGGAGCUGCCGAAAUUCCAGGAUGGGAGCAAGAUCACCUUCCACUUCCAGACGCUGAAGGACAACUUCGAGCGGACAGUGAUCGAUGACAGCCGGGAGGCAGGCAUCCCCAUGGAGAUCAUCGUGGGCAAGAUGUUCAAGAUGGAGAUCUGGGAGACACUGCUCAGCUCCAUGAGGGCCGGGGAGGUGGCGGAGUUCUGGUGCGAUGCCAUUCACACCGGCAUGUACGCCCUGGUGUCCAAGGGCAUGCGGAGGAUCGCGGAGGGCCGGGACCCCUUGGAAGGGCAGAAGCACCGCUGCGGCAUGGGCAACAUGUUCGACUACCACAGCACGGGCUACGACGACCUGGACGAGCUGCAGCGGACACCGCAGCCCCUCAUCUUCAUCAUGGAGCUGUUCCGGGUGGAGGAGCCCUCGGCGUACAAGCGCGACACCUGGGCCAUGAGCAAGGAGGAGAAGCUGGCGGCGGUGCCCGUGCUGCACAGCGAGGGAAACCGCCUCGUGCUCCGAAAGGAGUUUCGGCAGGCAGCAGAGAAGUACCAGGAGGCUGUCAUCUGCCUGAGGAACCUGCAGGCCAAGGAGAAGCCGUGGGAGGACGGCUGGCUGAAGCUGGAGAGCCUGGUCACGCCGCUGGUGCUCAACUACUGCCAGUGCCAGCUGGAGCUGGGCGAGUACUACGAGGUGCUGGAGCACACGACGGAGCUCCUCCAGAAGCACAAAGACAACGCCAAGGCGUAUUUCAAGCGGGCGAAGGCCCACGCUGCCGUGUGGAACGAGCGGGAGGCGCGGGAGGACUUCCUGCGCGUGGCCCACCUCGACCCCGCCAUGGCGGCCGCCGUGAAGAAGGAGCUGAAGCAGCUGGGGGAGAGGAUGAGGAAGAAGCACGUGGAGGAUCGGAAGCGCUACCAGGGGCUCUUCCAGCAGCCCCAGGGACCGAGGGCUGCCCGAGACAGCCGGCCCGGGGGAGCCUGA